AUGUGGGCGCGAGCGGCGCGCGUUCUGAGGCGAGUGGCGCUUCUAGUGCCGCUAGCGCUAACGGCACUAGCGCUACUGCUGCUGCCGCGCCCGCAACCAUUCAGAUCACCAAGACUGCCUUCGCCGCCGCCGCCGCCGAAAGAAGACUUGCGUCAGAACUUGAUAACAGAAAAUGAAAUAAAUAUAAAUCAAGACGUGGAUGACAGUUCUCAGAAGCAAUGGUUUAUGAGCGGCGGCGAACAUCGGCCUUGGAAACACGACCCACAUGCCAAACUCUUCCCCGAAGAUGCGCCUGAUAAUGACAGAAUCGUCGAGCAGUUGAUGUACGCGUUGCCAAGUGAAGAAGAUAUACCAUUGAAGAAGAUUCUGCUAGCUAAUGGUUUAGGUACGUGGGGGGUGGCGGGAGGUCGCACUGAGUUCAAACGUAAUAAAUGUCCGGUCGACCGAUGUAUGCUGACAGCUGACACAAGAGAAGCUGAAACAGCAGAUGCCAUACUCUUCAAAGACCAUCACACACCAUUCAAUGUGAAACGACCUCACAGUCAGAUAUGGAUCCUUUAUUACUUGGAGUGUCCGUACCACACGGCAUCGCUACGACCUACAUCACUAGAUGUGUUCAACUGGACGGCUACCUACAGACGAGACUCUGACAUCGUGGCACCAUACGAGAGAUGGGUCUAUUACGACCCACUGAUCACAGAGAGAGAACUUGAUCGAAACUAUGCAGCCAAUAAGACCAAAAAGGUAGCGUGGUUUGUAUCUAACUGCCACGCUCGUAACAGCAGGCUUCAGUACGCUAGACAGCUGGCUAAGUUCAUUCCUGUAGACAUAUACGGUGCUUGUGGCUCACACCACUGUCCAAGAGCCGACCCCAACUGUUUGGAGAUGCUCGAUAAAGAGUACAAAUUCUAUUUAGCGUUCGAGAACUCAAAUUGCAGAGAUUACGUUACCGAGAAGUUCUUCGUCAAUGGAUUGCAACACGACGUGCUACCAAUAGUAAUGGGCGCGAGACCGUCUGAAUACGCCGCAGUAGCUCCUCACAACUCCUACUUACACGUAGAAGAGUUCGCCGGGCCCGAAGAACUAGCGAACUACUUGCGGAGAUUGGACGAGGACGACAAUAUGUACAAUUCUUACUUCAAAUGGAAGGGUACCGGAGAAUUCAUUAAUACGUAUUUUUUCUGCCGAGUGUGUGCUAUGGUUCAUGCAAAUGCUCGCAGACAGCGCAGUGCUCAUUAUACCGAUGUGCAAGCUUGGUGGCGGGACGGCGCUUGCACGCGCACUGACUGGCGACCACGUGACCCACCAUAG